GUGUUUUUUAACAGGCGGAGAAAGAAGCGCUACGGUUUCCAGUGAGGGUGAGAUCUCUGCUUUGCUACCUGCUUCACUAAUGUGUUGAUCCACUGAGACACUUAAUCUUACUGAACACGUUCUUUACAGUUGGUGAGUACUUGUCUGUGUCUUGUUUCCGACUUGACGCGUCUUCAAACUUCUCACAUUGUGCAACGUUCGCUGGAGAAUUUCAGCGGCUGCAGCUCGAGGAUCUUUGAUUCAUUAUCACUAUUUACAAGGUGAGAGUGCAAAAGACUCGGAAACAUGAGAGCAGGCAACAUGUGGCUGACAGACAGAAGUGAGCUUUAUGAAAAAAGAUCCAUACAUCUGCAAUAUUAAUAUCACGAUAUAUGUCAAUACUUUUAAAGACUCCUGAGCGAAGGUUGUGGUAAUAAUUACUGCUUUGGUCUAUAUAGUGGGCUGCAAGUGUGAUCAAAUACCACAGCUGCAAUGCAGAAUGCACAUAUUUUUAAUAUACUGUUAUAUCAUGAUGACCAAACCUCCCUGCAGGCUGACCUGUUAGGACAAUACUCUGAUGUAUAAAACCUUGACUCGGAAUUAUGGGCCAUCCCAAUAUGUCUUGAUUUCAAAUCAUGCCACCCAUGUGUUAUUAUUUAAGAAGUAGCCAACUCCAGAGAUUGUUUAUAUGUACAAAGUUAGGGGAUAUUCAAAAACUGUUUCCCACAAGCACCAAUGCCAAACUAUUUCCUUAUCAAAGCUCAUGUAUCAUACUGAUGAAUGGUUGUGCACUGAGCAGUUGGAUGGCGGAGCUGCAGCACCAGUUAUCUAUGAACCUGCUAAAGCAAACAGCCUGGCAAUCCCCCCCCACCUUUUUGUCCUCACUAAUAUUUGCACUGCUAGCCCGAUGCAACAACACCGCAUCCUUAAAGCUUUGCUCAUUUCUGACUUUUCUCUCUGGACGUCUCUUCAGGGCGAGGACAGCAUGUGGACACUGGGCCCUCAGUUUGCCUUCAUUGGUUUAUACGUACAGGUAACCGCAUGCUACCAAUCAUGCCCUUUGUAUGGCCUUGUAGCUGCUUGCCAAUACGGGGGUCACUACUGGGUUCCUGCUCUGCCUCCCAACAUCACCCACCUGUACCUGGAAAUGAACUACAUCAGUGAGAUCAACAGCACCUCGCUCAGUCUGUACGAGCAGCUGCAGGAAUUAGAUCUGGGCAUGCAGGGAGUGCCGCUCGUCAUCAGGAACAACGCUUUCUUCAGACAGAGAAAACUGAUCAAGUUGGUUCUAGGCCACAACAUUGGGCUUCAGCUGGAGCCGAGGGCAUUUGCAGGACUGUUCAAAUUGCAAAUGCUGUUUUUGGACUAUUGCAGAUUGAAUGAGUCCAUCCUGGCUGACAGCUACCUGCAGAGCCUUGUCUCCUUAGAAAUGCUUGAUCUCUUCGGGAACCAAAUAGAGAGACUCAAACCUGGACUGUUCUUUUCAAGACUCACUAAUUUCACACACUUAAACCUCAAAUUGAAUCCGAUCGUAAGAUUGUGUGAAGAGGAUCUUGUUGGCUUCAGGGGGAAAUACUUUGAAACCCUGAACCUGAACUCCAACCACUUGGCUAAAAUGUAUGAAGGCCACUUUGACGAGGGCAGUUGUGGAAACCCUUUCAGAGAUAUGGCCUUUGACACCUUGGACUUAUCAACCAACGGCUUCAACAUCAACCAAAUGAGAAGAUUUUUCAAUGCGAUACAGGGGACUCGGAUCGCUAAUCUCAUAUUGUCUGGAAGUAUAGGUCAAGGCUUUUCAUUUGAGAACUUACCUGAUCCGGAUGAAAGCACAUUCGAAGGCCUCUCGAACAGUGCCGUUAAAAUCUUUAAUCUGUCUACGAACUUUAUAUUUGUUUUGCAGAAGUCUAUUUUCAGUCCCCUGAAGACUGCGAUAAUCAUUGACAUUUCCAAAAACAAAAUCAAUCAGAUAAACAAAAAUGCCUUCAGUGGUCUUCAGGGACAUUUAAGGAUGCUCAAUCUUUCAUCCAACCUACUCGGAGAAAUAUAUUCCGACACAUUCGCCAAUCUGGAAGACUUAAGAGUACUGGACUUGUCUUACAACCACAUCGGUGCGUUGGGAUACCGAGCCUUCAGUGAUCUUCCUAAAUUACGAGAGUUAUAUCUGACAGGGAACUCGCUGCGAAGGCUGGGUUCUCCGGCAUCAUUACCAAACCUAGAGUUCCUCCUUUUGGGUGACAACAAGUUGAAGUCACUGUUCAAUAUCGCUGACUUGGGUAUGAACAGCACCUAUGUGGACGUCAGCGAAAACCGAUUAACGAACUUAGAGGAGGUUUAUUCAACAGUGACCAAUUUCAAGCGUCUCAAUACUUUCUUCUACAGCAGCAACCUCAUCAAGGGGUGCACACUAAACAAGAAUAUUACUAUACCUUAUAAUAACACUUUGGAAGUGUUAUUUCUUAGUGACAGUUCCUUGCAGAUAAUUUGGGCACAGGGGAAAUGCCUUGACCUGUUUGAUCAUCUUAAUAAUCUUCUUGGCCUCAGUAUAAGCUCCAACUUGCUCACUGCACUCCCACAAGGGAUUUUCAGAGGCCUCAGCUCGAUGAUAGAUCUAGACCUCUCGACUAAUUCCUUGACCUUCCUGCAGCCGGAUGUCUUUCCGGUCAGCCUGAAAAGAGUCGACCUCUCGAACAACUUCCUAGCUUACCCAGAUCCUAUGACUUUUCAGUCUCUCCUCUUUCUCAACCUGGCAAAUAAUCGGUUCUACUGUGAUUGUAAUCUGGAGAGCUUCUUGCAAUGGCUCAAUGUGACGAAUGUAACCGUCCUGAGCCCAGCCGAGGGUUACAGAUGUGAGUUUCCAGCUGCUGUCCGUAACCUUCCCCUGCUGGACUAUGCCACCAUCGUAGAACCAUGUGAGAAGGACGAUGAAAAGGACGUCCAAGAUCUUAAGUUUGCCCUCUUCAUCUUCUCUGCCCUCCUUAUUAUGACUGUAACCCUAAGUGGGGUCGUCUACGCCCGUCUAAGAGGGCAAAUAUUCGUGAUCUACAAGAAGAUCGUCGGAAGGGUUCUCGAGGGGCCGAAAGUUUCGCCUUGUAUCGAAGAAAUGCAGUACGACGUCUUCUUCUGCUUCAGCAAUAGCGACUAUAAGUGGGUGGAGGCUGCUUUACUGAAUAAACUUGACGACCAAUUUUCAGAGGAGAACGUCUUACACUGUUGUUUCGAGGCCAGAGACUUCCUGCCCGGUGAGGAUCACUUGACAAACAUCAGAGAUGCCAUUUGGGGCAGCAGGAAGACGGUGUGCGUCAUCUCCCAGGAGUUCCUCAAAGAUGGCUGGUGCCUGGAGGCGUUUACCUUGGCCCAAAGCCGGAUGGUGGAGGAGCUGAAAAACGUCCUGAUUCUGCUGGUGAUAGGGAAGGUGGCUCACUACAAGCUGAUGAGGUACAAUGCAAUCAGAGAAUUCGUUCAGAAGAGAGAGUACCUGACAUGGCCAGAGGACCCUCAGGACCUGGACUGGUUUUAUGAGCGACUGAUCUCACAGAUCCUCCGAAACACCAAGAUGAAAAUGUUCGCAGAGGACAAACCUCAGGCUGCGCAGCCGCAGCCUCAGAAUGAGGACAGAAUCGAGCUGGAGGACAUCCGAGCUGUUGCCAUGUGAACUCUGUGUCACAGAAUCGGGACUGAAACCCUGCUGCAGUUUCACCAGUAAACUAGAACUAGAAUAAGGGUGAAGAAAGAUUUUAGGCAUUUCAAGUAUUUACAACACUCCAAGGUUCAAUCACAUGCACAAUGCAAACACACCAUUGUCUAUGUUUUUGAAAUUAUUAAAAUUGUAUGUUAUUAGGGUGAUUAGUGUUAUUACAGUGUAUUUAAUAAUUUCCUUGUCUGUUUUUAUAGUGACCAAAAACUGUGAUUUUUCUAGAUUUUUUUUACAUUUCUCUUUAAAUUUUGUAUUAUUUAUUUGAAUGAGCCUUUAAAAAAAGUAAUAAAGGUGACUCCUGCUGGA